AUGACCUUCAGUGGCCUCUUCCCCUUCGUGCUUCUUGCCCUGGGAACGCUGGCACCUUGGUCUGUGGAAGGUGCUGGAAAUGCUUUGAAAGCUGGAGCCUGCCCUCUUAGAAAACCUGCCCAGUGCCUUAGAUAUGAGAAACCCGAGUGCAACAGUGACUGGCAGUGUCUAGAGAAGAAGAAAUGUUGCCCUGAUACCUGCGGAAUCAAAUGCCUGGAUCCUGUCAACAUCUUGAACACAGUUGAGGAGAAGCCUGGGAAGUGUCCAGUGGUCCACAUGCAAUGUCUGAUGCUUAACCCCCCCAAUCGCUGUGAGACAGACGGCCAUUGCGUGGGUAAAUUAAAGUGCUGCAGGGGCACGUGUGGGAAAGUCUGCAUUUCCCCUGUGAAAGCCUGAUUCCUGCCACUUGGAAGUGGCUCUGGAUUCCUACUCUGUGUGGUCUGAGAAUUCCCUUCUACUCCCA